GAGCCGCUAAACUGGACCGGGAUUACAUUGGGCUGUUACCCGCGGGGGCGGGGAGGAGGAGCCGACGGAGGCGGGACAGUGACGCGCGGUUCCGAAGGAAAGGAGAUCAGCGGCGCGGCGCCCCCUGCGGGAAGCGAGCACACGUGGACACACGCGCCGGGGGAAAUGAGCUCCUACCCACACCGCGGCUUCCAGGCGUGAGCGUGAGCGUGAGAGGGCCUCGUUGACCUCCGGAAUUGUGCUUCACCGUCCUUUCCCGAGGAAGUCCGUCGUCGAGCCCGCCCGCAGGCCUGGCUGGCUGGCUGGGCGUGGGGGCGCGGGUGUUGCCUCGUCCGCUUCGGCCGUGGAAGAAACGCGCGCGGAGUGCCCAUUAGGCAAUCAGCGCGGCUCUCCUGAAGCCCAGGUCUUCCCCUGUCGCAGCCCACCUACUCAAAAGGAGAAAUAUCGAGCCCAAUACUGAAGAGAUGUCAGAAGAUUCAGAAGAAGACUAUUCAGAUAGAACAAUCAGUGAUGAAGAUGAAUCAGAUGAGGAUACCUACGUGAAAUUUGAAGAUCUCCGCCAAUGUGCACUUUUAACAGCUGACUCCAUCACUGACCCAUUUUUCCCCCGGACUACACAGAUACUGUUGGAAUACCAGCUAGGGAGAUGGGUGCCACGUCUUCGUGAGCCACGAGAUUUAUAUGGUGUCUCUUCUUCUGGUGAACUGAGCCCAACACGGUGGCCGUACCACUGUGAGGUCAUUGAUGAAAAAGUCCAGCAUAUUGAUACGACUCCUCCUUAUUCUGAGCCAGUGUACAUCCCAACAGGCCUAGAGAUCGAACCCAUUUAUUCAAACUCCAAGGAAGAUACGGUAGUCUAUCUAGCUGAAGAUGCUUACAAAGAGCCGUGCUUUGUAUAUUCUCGAGUUGGGGGCAACCGAACAGCCCUGAAGCAGCCUGUGGAUAAUUGUGACAACACUUUGAUGUUUGAAGCAAGGUUUGAGAGUGGUAAUCUACAGAAGGUAGUCAAAGUGGCAGAAUAUGAAUACCAGUUGACUGUGCGCCCUGACCUCUUCACAAAUAAACACACCCAGUGGUACUAUUUCCAAGUCACUAAUACCCAAGCAGGAAUAGUCUACAGAUUCACUAUUAUCAAUUUUACCAAGCCUGCUAGUCUUUACAACCGGGGUAUGCGCCCACUGUUUUAUUCUGAAAAAGAGGCCAAGACUCAUAAUAUUGGCUGGCAGAGAAUAGGAGAGCAAAUCAAGUAUUACAGGAAUAACCCCGGGCAAGAUGGGCGCCAUUAUUUCUCUCUUACGUGGACAUUUCAAUUUCCACACAGCAACGAUACCUGCUACUUUGCUCACUGCUAUCCGUACACUUAUACCAACCUGCAAGAAUACCUUUCUAGCAUCAAUAAUGACCCAGUACGGUCGAAGUUUUGUAAAGUACGUGUCUUGUGCCACACAAUUGCUAGGAAUAUGGUGUACAUUUUAACGAUCACUACCCCCUUGAAGAAUGCUGACUCAAGAAAACGAAAGGCGGUGAUUUUGACUGCAAGGGUACAUCCAGGAGAAACCAACAGCUCAUGGAUCAUGAAAGGCUUCCUAGAUUUUAUUUUAGGAGACUCACGUGAUGCACAGUUGCUUCGGGACACUUUCAUCUUCAAGGUGAUACCCAUGCUGAAUCCCGAUGGUGUGAUUGUAGGAAAUUACCGGUGUUCCUUAGCUGGACGGGAUUUAAACCGUAACUACACCUCUCUCCUGAAGGAAUUGUUCCCUUCUGUUUGGUAUACCCGGAACAUGAUCCACAGAUUGAUGGAGAAACGAGAGGUUAUUUUAUACUGUGACCUUCAUGGCCAUAGCAGGAAAGAGAACAUCUUCAUGUAUGGCUGUGGCGGAAGUGAUAAGUGUAAUAAAGCAUUGUAUUUACAGCAGCGAAUCUUCCCACUUAUGAUGAGCAAAAACUGUCCAGAUAAAUUUUCAUUCUCAGCUUGCAAGUUUAAUGUUCAGAGGAGCAAAGAAGGAACAGGCAGGGUGGUGAUGUGGAAAAUGGGAAUCAGGAACAGCUUUACCAUGGAGGCCACUUUUUGUGGAUCUACUCUGGGUGAUAAACGAGGCACUCAUUUCAACACAAAAGAUUUGGAGUCAAUGGGGUAUCAUUUUUGUGAUUCUCUCUUGGACUAUUGUGAUCCAGACCGAACUAAGUAUUAUCAGUGCCUAAAAGAAUUAGAAGAAAUGCAAAAACAUAUAAACUUGGAAAAAGUCCUUGAUGAUUCAGAUACUUCUUUGAAAGAAAUUACAGUGGAAUCUAGUAGCCGAGGCUCUGACAGUUCAGAAUCGAAUGAGUCUCAGAGUUACAUUCUCAAGUUAACUUCUCAGAUAAAAGCCAAGAAAAAACAUCUGAGAACAAAGAAGGAAAGAAAUUCUACCCUAGCAAGACAUAAAAAUGCCAGAGAAGAGCGAGAGAUAAAAGUCAGAGAGUUGUCUCCGCAGGAAAGUUAUUCUGUCUCCAAUGCUGAAGCUACAUUCCAGGUUUGUGGUAGAGGAUAUUUAAUACCAAGACACAAAGAAUCAAACUCUGAUGUGAAAGAUGCAAAGCCAAAUGUAUCAGAUGAUCGUAUAUUUGAUUAUUUCAGAAGACCGUUUCCUAAUCAAGAUUUGGUGAAAAUGCCUGGACAGGCCCCUUCCUGGCUUCUAAAAGGAUAUUUGAGCUCCCAAAGUAUGAUGCAGAGGCUUAGCAAAUACCAACAAAGACACUUUUCAGAAACCGGUAAGAGACCAAUCCAGGAAGCAAUUCAGCCCAGGAGCACUGGUUUGUAUAGAAACUGCUUCAGAGUGACAUCCUUGAAUUGUACUGUGGGCACGCCAACUCCCAGUUGGACAGAAAGGCCAAGGAUACCAACAGAAGAUCUGCAUAGCAACCUGAAAAGCAAAAUGAGACAAUCUACAUCUUUCCAAUGCAAGAAGACUCAUGUAAAUUGGACAGAUGAUGAAAAAAGAAUCUACAGGGAUAAAAGAAUAGCUCAAACCGAAGAAAUAUUGCAAUAUUUGAUCCCUAUCAUGAAAAGCACGACAAAUGUGAGAACCAAUCAGAUAAAACAGAUAUUCAAACCUCGCACCAACUUCCAAAUCCAACAUCAAUUAGUAAAUCCAGCUACUUAUGUAAACUUGGGCGGCGCAUCUUGGGCACCAUCCAGUCAUCUCCCUUUUAUAGGCCAAAGGAACCUUCUGGCAAGCUCUUCAGGAUGGCUCCAAUCCGUGUCCCAGAAGUCGUGUGAAAGCCUGUCACUUCUCAGAGGGCACAAGAAAAGGAAAGCAUGUUCUGCGGUCAGUGCCAUAAAGACUAAAGACAUGAAACCUGUCAGCAGCAAAUGGGAGAUUCCUUCCUCGGGUUUUGAGAAGGACGUGAAUGUUACCAAAGGCCGGAGUCCUCACGCUGAAGAAUUCAACCAGCAAACCUCCAUGCGGAUAGCCCCCAAUCCAACUCAAACUAACGAUGAGCAGCCAAAUAAGAAUGAGGGACAACCCAUCUUCCAUUUGAAGUUCCAAAGGCAGAAAUAAUCUAGCUUUAUGAUACUCUGAAGACUGUGGGUGAAAGAUAACAUAUGCUUACCUAUUAAAAAGAAAAGAGAAAGAGAAGCCCUCUCCAUCCCUCUUAUCACCUUUUCUCUCCCUACACAUGCAUAUGCAUAUACUAAACUACAAACCCUACAUACUCCAUCUUCUGUAGUGAGAACAUCUUUCAGAAAUAUAAAAGGGAAUCUGGAGCCCUGGUCAGUGUGGUGCAGUGGCUAGAGCAGUGAUGGCAAACCUUUUGAGCUCGGCGUGUCAGCAUUUUGAAAAACACUAACUUGACUCUGGUGC